UGUUUUUAAGUAUAAAAUGGCGCUUACCACACAUUUAGGGAACAAGGUUGUAAUGUAAGGUUCUUCUCUUCGACAUUUAAGGUAUGGAUCAUAUUUCUCACAAGCAGAGAUAAGCAAACUACGCUGGCCAUAUGUAUUUUUUCAAAUUCUCAGUCCAAACCUACACAGUACACACACAUCUAUCCUCACGACAGCAUAAACCGCUCAUCGCGUUCAAGUCUGUGGAGAGAGAUGAAAGGAGUGGAAUGCGCCCGAGGCGGUUUGUUAUUAGUUUUAUUCGCACGACAGCAGAGGGGCUGAGUUACAGUCUAACGUUACCAGACGCUCACAGGACACUCCUGGCGACGGAGAUUUACAGCUCUGUUACACGGCUAAAUCCUGCAUUUUCAACGGAAACAUCCAUCAUAUUAAUGAAACUACAGAUGCUGAGCGUUUGGACCCUCCUUUCAACUGCUAUUUGUGCAGUGUCAGUCUCUGCAAUAUCUCAGAGGCUUGUAUACCACGGCCACCUGUUGACUCUGGAUCUUCCUGAGAGGACACAGAGGUUGGAGUUUGUUAAUGCUAAUGAGAGUGAACGAUUAACUAUCUGGGAACACACCAAUUCUUUCCGGCCAAGUAACCCCAAUAAAGGCUACGUGAGCAGCGUCGGUAAGGGCUGGACAUUCAGAAUCCAACGUGUUACGUUUGACGAUGAGGGAAGCUACACCCUGUUCAAUCACUUUGGUUCAGCCAUCAGCAGUUAUAUAGUAAAGGUCAAGCCCAACAGAGAAUUCAUUGAUCGUAUCGCAGGUGAAACUCUGACCAUACCUCUGGCAGGACUCAAGCAGGGUGAUGCCAAACUUCACUUUUACAGUAAUUAUUCAUCUCUCAUCCUGGUGGAGAGUGGAGUUCCUGUGGGACGGAACCUCCCAGAAUACACCAACCGGCUUAAAGUGACCACUGAAAAUAUUCAGAUUCUCAAAGUUAAUGUAUCAGAUUUAGGCAGAUACGAGCUCACCGAUCAUAAAGGAAGACUCGUCUCAAACAGUACAUUGAUGCUAGUGGAUCAUCGUGAUUAUUCCGCCAAUAAAGGUCUUCUAGCUCUGCUGCUGCUCGGCAUUCCUGGUGGAAUCUGCUUCUGCUGCAGAAAGAGAAUCUGCAAAAGCUGUCGGUCCACUAAAUCAGACACAAACACAGGGCAGCUCAACACCGUACCAGUGUCUGUACCUUGCAGCAGCACUAUGUCUGAUCCUGUAGGUCCUGGAAACACUGGCCAGGGCUACAUUGCUGGUUAUCCGCCUAAUCCAGAUCAAGGUCAGAUUCAGCAUCCUUAUCCAGGACAACCUGCUGUUCCUCCCAACCCUGGCUUUUAUUCUGAUUAUCAAAACCCUGUCUACCCUCCUGCCUUUGGACCUGGACAUCCCCCUGCUCAGCCGCCCCAGUAUAAUGCCCCUCCAACCCACUACAACCCACCUGCACCCGUGAACUAUGCACCAGUAAUGAGCAGUGAAUGAAAUGCCACCGACUGCACCACUGCUCACACCUCAGCCUGAGUCUCAACCAUCUGAUAGGACCGGCAUUUCUUUGGAUAUCCUUAACGCCAGUGACUCUGGUGUCCAGUUUGAUGUUAACAAAGGAAAGUCUUCUGGCAGCAACUUCCUGUAGUUACUCCAAAACUCCUGAAUUAUACCUGCAAGGGAUGUAGAAACAAACACUUGUUUGUUAGAUUCAUACAAAAUCCAAGCCUUAAGAAGAAGCUAAUAAGAACUAAUAGGACCUUAAUUAAAACUACUACUUAAAUAGUUUAUGAUAAGACGUAUACGUUUAGGACUCAGUCUAGCUUAAGUGCUAUAGAGAGAUAUUACAAUUCCCUUUAAUAUUACGUAGUGUACCUGAAAUCCCUGUUAACUCUUUUCCCAUGAAAAACAGCUUCCAAAGAUGCGUGUCUUUUUUCUUACC